AUGGACCACUUCAAUGCGACUGUCAAGGAUGGGAAACUGGUUAAUACUCGUCGCGGACUUCAAGUGUCGCGGCAGAAGUUUAAUGGGAUAUCGUUUGUGAAUACCUCAGCUCAGGAUUCUUCGUCUUCUGGCACACAAUCGUUUCGGUUGACGAAGGAGUCUCCUUCAAAGUCCACAUCUCUUUUAGAGAUCAAAUUCGCCGAUACAAGCAACGAGUUACAGUCUGCUGGGGCAGCUACAAGUGUACAAGAAGGGCAAGGUCGAACGCCAAAUUUCAGCUUCGUGUCGGAAACGGGACAACAGCACCAGGCCAAGAAGCAACCACGGCGAAGAGCAACUCCAAAGCCAAAGGGACAGCAAGACCACCGAAGAAACUCGGCCUCACCAUAUUUGUCUUCUCCCGACUCUCGUCCACCAUCCCGGUCAUCUGUUGCUACACCACCGCCUCGGUUGGAAGAGACAGCAUUCCAGUUCUUUGGCUCUUCUUUUCCAACCUCACAACGGCAGCCUCAACUCCACCAACAGCCUUUUCUCUCUCCUACAAUUCAGGAGUAUCAUGCCCCCCAGCAGCAGCAUCUACAGGUCAAUAGCCUUACUGCCAUUACCUCUCCACCACUACCGUCGCCUUGGCCGCCAGCCGAAUCAGCCACCUACCCCCCACCGUUCUCCCCUUCCCAGUCCGGCUGGGAGCUCUUCCACCACUACAACACUCACCACUUGCCUCUCCAGCUCUACCCCUACGAAGACAUUGUGACCUACAAUCCCGCACGCUCAGACAAUAACGAGAGCUCUAUCGGCUUCUCUGAUAUCGCCGCUUUUCACUGCGUUCUAAUGUGUGGGGCAAUAGCUGAGGCUGUCCUAAACCGUCAGCACCACUUGGCAUCUGAAUCCGAGACGGAACCAAGAGGGUUUGCAUAUCACAUAUCGAAGAUAUGCGCCAUAUUGAACAAGAAGCUAGACGGGAGUGAGGGUGGAGGGGUGGAUGCGAUAACACUGCAUUGUAUUGCGAUGUUGGCUUGGAUGGGGUGUUAUGUGGGAAGGCUAGAUCACUGGGAUAUGCACAUGCGAGGACUCCAGAAAGUGCUCGAUGUACUAGGAGGGCUAACAAGCCUGCCAACGUGGGUGGUAAGGAGGAUACACACCGCCGACCUCAAAGGAGCCACAGCCCUCGCCUCAACUCCCUAUCUCCCGCUCACCCGCUCUCUAAUUCCCUCAGCCACAACCGCUAUCCUACCACCAGCCCAACUAGCUCACACUACCCACACGAUCAACUCCAUCCUCCAACCCCUCGACAUCCACCUCUCCGUCAUAACAACCCUAAUCACCUUGUCAAACUUCACCUCAGCAGUCCAUCUAGCCCGACAGUCAACUACCAGCUCCAUGAGAUUCGACCCCUACAUCUUUACAGAAGAACUCCAAUCCGUCACAUACGACCUUCUCACCCUGCCCAACCCACUCAGCAAACACUCGGAAGAAACACCUCUAGACAUUACACCAACUCUCGAACAAGCCCUCCGUAUAUCCUCCCUCCUCCUUCUCAAAGACCUCCUCCCCGACCACCCCCGCAACCUCGGCGGUUACACCACUUUGGUCGGCCUACUUCGACACCAUCUCCAGAUUAUCACUCAGGUUGUUUCACCAACACACAACCUACUUGUCGAUCCACAACUCCGGCAACAUCACGGAAGAAAGAAAGAGCUGAGACAGGUACUGACCUGGGUCUGUCUAGUGGGUGAUGUAGCAACUCAGAGAGCAAAACAAAAUGACUGCCGCUACCGAGAAGCUAGCGACAACACCGUUCUUGAGGAAGAUCAAAAGGAGUAUUCACGGGAGAUAUUUCAGAGUUGUCUAGUCUCCGUUUUUGGUCCUGAUAAUAACACUGAGGAUCUCGCCUUGGUCGAUCUAUUCAAGUUGGGAGAUGUUAUAUGCAAGAAAGGGGAUGAUCUUGAAGGGGUUGUUUCACUACUUGGAUGAUAGAUGGUUUUAGUCGAAAAUACAAAGAACCCUGGAUUACACAACUGUAGAUAUAGACAGGCAAGGGGAGGGGAAAGACUUAGAGUUUAUGGUUGUUUAAGAUGAAGGGAAUGUACUCGAUAGGGAGUGGGUUGAGAGGGAGGGGAUUGGACAGAAGGCUGCUGUGUUUGUUGCCUUGCUGGCUUCUGCGACCCAGUUUAUGGAAGUAUUGUUAAAAACAGCAGUUUGCAUCCUGCAUCAGAUGCCCAGGGCAAAGGCAGAAUAGAGUUUCGAGCCAUCGUGUUACA